AUGCCAAACUGCCAAAACGCUAACACAGGCGCCAUUGACUACGAUGUCGUCAUUGUCGGCGCAGGAAUAUCCGGCAUUGGCUUCGCCCACAGGCUGCAGCAGACUAAUCCGAACUUGACGUAUGUGAUUAUCGAGGCCCGACAUGAGAUUGGAGGCACAUGGAGCUUAUUCAAAUAUCCAGGAAUUCGAUCUGAUUCUGAUCUAUACACAUUUAGCUUCCCAUGGAAGCCGUGGACCAAGGGCCACGCUAUUGCAGAAGGACCCUUGAUCCAAGAAUACCUGCAUGAGGCGGUCGAAGAGCAAGGCAUCACCCCACACAUCAAAUUCAACCACAAGGUGAACUCGUUGGAUUGGUCGAGUAACACAAAUACCUGGACAAUCGACGUCACCGCCGAGGUUGGCGCGCGGAAGCAUUUACGCAGCCGAUUUGUCUGUCUUGGGUCGGGCUACUACGACUACGACGAGCCGCUGCAAGCAGUCAUCCCUGGGAUUGACCAGUUCCAAGGGCCAGUUAUUCAUCCCCAAUUCUGGCCUGAGGAUUUUGAAUAUACUGGCAAAGAUGUCGUCAUCAUCGGGUCCGGCGCCACAGCAGUAACCCUCCUGCCCAGUAUGACAGACAAGGCCGCGCAUGUGACCAUGCUGCAGCGCUCGCCCAGCUGGAUUAUUCCCGUCAAGAAUCGCACCGGGGGGAUCGAGGCUUUCACACAAAAGUGGUUUCCCACCCGGCUCGGGGCCGCCCUGGUGCGCUUCCGCCGCACGCUGCUCGGCUUCCUGUUCGUCAACUACUGUCUCUGGCGGCCAGCGUCGGCGCGUAAGCUGCUGCUCGGAGCGACGGAAAAGGAGCUUCCUGCCGGUACAGACAUGGCGCCCAACUUUGUGCCCGCCUACGACCCCUGGUCGCAGCGGCUGUGCGCGACGCCCGACGCCGACUUUUACCACGCGCUACGGGCAGGUCAGGCAAGCGUCGUGACAGGCAGCAUUGCGUCGGUGACGGAGAAGAGCAUCAAACUCGUCUCAGGCGAGGAGCUCCACCCCGACAUCAUCGUCACAGCCACAGGGCUGAAGACCAUAGUAGGCGGCAACGCGCGCAUCUCUGUAGAUGGCGCGCCUAUGCACAUUCCAGACUUGUACUCGUGGAAGGGUGCUAUGCUGGAGGGCUUGCCGAACCUGUUUUACGCGUUUGGCUAUGUUGAUGCGAGCUGGACACCGGGCGCUGACGCCACUGCGCAAUUGGCUGGACGUAUGAUUAGGCAGCUCGACCGAGAGGGCAAGCAUGCUCUUAUCCCAACAAGGACGGAAAAGGAGAAGCACACAAUGCAAGACGUGCCGUUUAUGCGUCUUACCUCCACAUAUGUCAAAUCCGGACUAAGCAACUUGCCCAAAUCCGGCGAUGCCAAGCAAUGGCGCCCGCGAUCUUACUAUUUCAAGGAUGUCUUAAAUGCCUGGUGGGGGGACAUACGAUCCAGUAUUGAGUGGCGAUAG